CUGUUUGCUAAUCUAUCUUGAUUUUAUAAUCCUGGUUUGACAUUUCAAAAGUUCAAAUCAAUUCAAAUAAACCGUACGAUUCUAAUACUGGCUCGAUGAAUUUUUCGAAUUUUUGGGGGGGAGGUUUAAGAUUCAAAUUCUAGGACCAAAGUCAAUCAAAGUGGAAGUCAGUGGAAGUCGAACUUCGUUUCAGUUCAGUAUAGUUUCAGGUCUUCGUUUUCAAUUUUUAAAGUAGAUCGUAAAUAGGAACACAAUGGCUUCAGAUGACAGAAAAAUACCAAGAAAUGCAUACUUUACUUUAUUGAAAAGUAAGUGUAAACAAUUUGAUGAGAAACUUGAGAAAUUAUCAGAAUCCCUGAAGCAACCUAAUAUUCUAUUCUGUGAUGAUCCUAUAAAAAUGGAGGAAGCAAUUCAGUUUGCUACACGUCUGGUGGUGGAUGUUAAAAAAUUAGAGGAAGAAAUGAAAAGCAAUGCAAUAGCAAGAAAAAAAUACAUUGAAGAAAUGGAUAAGUAUUACAAUGAUUGCCAACGAAAUUACAAUACUUUAAAGGACCAAGUUCAUGAGCUCGAGACAGUCUUCAAAGAAUUUGGGUAUGAUCCAGAACAAAUCGAUAAUGCGGAUCGUUUUUGUAGGAGUAAUGAUAUUACCGAUGAAAGUGAAGUUGAAGCAUCAAAUGCUUUAUGUCCUGCAGAAAGGAAAGAUGUAGUAGAAUUUACACCUGACAUGACUUGGAAGUACAAACCAAAAACAAAUGAUGGACUAAGCAAUGACACAGAUUCCAAAAAUGUUUCAUCUAAACAAAGUUUUUUAUCUCCAGAAGUAUUAACAAGUGGCCUGCAAGCUCAACCACUGCAAUAUACUCCCUAUCGUAAUUGUCCACAAAAACCUAUUUUUUCUAAACAUUUUUAUAGUUCUACCAAAAAAUAACUGAAAUUACUGUUAACUGAAUGUGCGUUUCAUAUUGUUAUUAUAUCCUAGUUAACAA